CCUAGAUCAAUGAGGGACGGACGCGCUCGCGAAUCCACCCGAAUCCUUCAUCCACGCAAAGCCUGUCGAAGAGGGAUCGAGAGUCGAAAGAAGGAACAAAGAUCCACCCGAUUUCACCUAGUCCGCGACCAAAGAAGGCGGCGCGCGGAAGCUCGAGGAAAGAGAGAGAGAGACGGGCAUGAACUCGACGGUGAUGGAAGAGCAUUGCAUGACGCUCCCCCCGAAGAUCAAUUCGCAGGGAUUACAAGUGAAGGGUUACUGGGAACACGGCGUGCUCCAGUUCGCGAUGCCGCAGCUGCAGCUGCAGAUGGUGUUUAUCUUCGCCGUCUCGCAAGCCUGCCAUUUCGUCCUGAAGCACGUUGGCCUGCCUCCCUUCGCCACGCAGCUCCUCGCAGGGAUCAUGCUUGGGACUACGAUGAUCGGGAAGAACAAGAAUAUGAAGAAGUUCCUGUUUCCGAACUUUGGGGUUGACGAUUCGCAGGCGCAGGAGAUCCUGGAUGCAGUGGAGCUGUUAGGGUACACGCUGUUUUUGUUCCUGAGCGGGGUGAAGACGGACAUGGGGAUGCUACGGAAGGUCGGGAAGAAGUCAUGGACAAUUGGGGUGGCGGCCACCCUGGUCCCGCUAAUGGUAGGCGGCGCUGCCCUUUUAGCUCUCGCCGACCUCCGCAAGCCCGAUGUUCCAGAGAUCGUGGCCCUGACAUCGGUGCAGUCCGUUACUGUCUUCCCUGUGAUCUCAUGCCUCCUCAACGACCUCAAGAUCCAGAACUCCGAGCUGGGCCGCCUCGCAUUGUCCUCGUCCCUUGUGAGCAACGUCCUCGCCAUAUUGCUCCUGUUCCUUACAUCGCUCAUGAGGUUGAAAAAGGCGGACGCUUACAAGAACUUCGCCAUGACCGCGGGCUAUCUCUUGGUGGUCACACUCAUCGCGCGGCCCGCAAUGCUCUGGAUGAUCAGGCAGACCCCCGAGGGCAGGCCGGUGAAGGAGAGCUACCUCCGUGCAAUCCUGGCCACGCUCCUGCUGUCCUCGCUCUUGUCCAAGUACUUAGGCCAAUCGAUUCUGUUCGGGUCUAUUAUUCUCGGGCUGGUUGUGCCCGAUGGUCCCCCGCUGGGUUCCACGAUAGUGAACAAGCUGGACUGCUUCUUCGUUGGCUUCCUCCUGCCGAUCUACGUGACGGUCACAGCCACGAAGGUGGACCUGACGGUACUGAUGGCCUCUGUCGAAGGGCUGAAGGUCGAGCUAACCCUUGUCUCCAUUGUGUUCGUGUCCAAGUUCGCAUCAUGUUUCGUGCCCCCGCUGCUCUGUCAGAUGCCCGUCAAAGACUCGCUGGCCCUCGCCCUGAUCCUGUGCUGCAAGGGGGUCGUCGAGCUAGGUAUAUAUCGGUACCUCCACGAGAUGGAGUUCUUCAGUGAGAGCCGGAUGGGGCUCGCCCUGAUGGCCGUGCUCGCUUUGGCGAGCCUCAUGCCUAUCCUGGUGAAGCUUCUAUUCAACAAAUCUAGGAAGUAUGCGGGCUACCAGAAGCGCAAUGUCGUCCAUCUGAAGCCCGAUUCGGAGGUCCCAGUCCUGGCCUGCAUCCACCGGGCCGAUCAGAUCAACCCUGUGAUAGACCUAGUCGACGCCUUUUACCCAACCCUGGAGGGCCCCGUACGGGUCUACGUGCUCCACCUGAUCAAGAUGGUGGGACGGGCCAUGCCCAUCUUCAUCUCCCACGAGCUCCAAAAUAAGGUGGCCAACGGCACGUCCUACUCGGACCAUCUCAUCUCUGCCUUUUCCCACUACGCACGUAGCAACCCCGGGGCCAUCCAGGCCAGCAUCUUCACCGCUGUGUCGCCUCCGAAGCUCAUGUAUGAGGACAUAUGCCACACCGCCCUGGACAACCUGACCGCCCUCAUCCUCCUCCCCUUCCACAAGAGGUGGUCGUCCAUCGAUGGCUCCGUCGUGUCUGAGGACAACCACAUUCGCAGCCUCAACUGCAGCGUACUCCAGUGGGCGCCUUGCUCCGUUGGCAUACUCAUCGAUCGCGGGGGAUCUCCAAAUGCCGCCGCUGCCUCGGAUGAGCCGUUCCGCGUGGCCGUGUUCUUCCUAGGCGGGAAUGACGACCGAGAGGCCCUGGCCCUUGCCAGGCGGAUGGCCAGGGACCCCCAGCUCUACCUGACGGUACUGCACCUAGGUGUCGACGAGGAGGACGGGUGCAUCAUCAGCUGGGACAAGAUGAUCGACGGGGAGACGCUGAAGGUCUUCAAGGAAGGAUUUUUGGGGAAGAACGUCGAGUACCAGAAGGAGAUUGUGAAGGACGGCCCGAAGACGGCCAGGCUGGUCAGGUCCCUGGCACACCAGUUCGAUCUGAUCCUCGUUGGACGUCGACACGGGCUCGAAUGCAUCCAGACCGCAGGGCUCUCGACAUGGACUGAGCUCCCAGAGCUCGGGAUUUUAGGGGACCUACUGGCCUCCACCGAUCUCGACACCAGUUGUUCGGCUCUGGUAGUGCAGCAACAGCAAAGGCUUUAGCCAUAGCAUAGUCGUGGCUUAUUAGCAUCGUACCUCUGCCAUCCUUUUUUCCACUCUUUGGUUCUCUACGUGUACUAACAAAUCAGUGGUUUUUAGCAUGUUGAACUCUUUAUUCUCAACA